AUGCUCACAGGACACUACCAUGGCGGGAGAAAAAGGCCAUCGAAACGCCAGGUAAAGCCCAAUAAGUCGUCGAAACGCCAAAGCGCCACGCCCAACGGCUCAGUCGACAAUUUUGGCGGAUUAGUGCCACGUUUGGUAUCGCAACGCACUCUCAGAUCCCAGAAGCGCAGCCAAGACGCCGUUUCUAGCGCCCAAGACGCGUUCUUUACAUCUCAGUCGCCAAAAAGACGCGUCACUAUAGAGAAAAAAACGUCACGUGCCAAGAUGACAGAAUCCAAGUAUCUGCGGAGCUUGGCAACGAUAAAGACAACCACAUCGACAGCGACAAAAACGGCUACGACAGCAGCAACAGCAGCGGCAACGACAACGGCAACGGCAACGGAUCCAGUAGCACCAUCGUCAAGCCCACCCCCAUCUUUCCUUGAUGAUUAUUUACAAUGGGACAUGGCCGACACUUCCGCUGCGGCCCCUGCCCAGCCUCAAAACCUUUUGCUGGUGCACACGCAGCCCAUGCACUUGAUUUCAACAUCCAGAUUGCAAGAUCGUUUCGAGGAAUUAGAGUCUAGGUCGCUCUCACCGAGUUUUUCCGCUUUUUCGGAUCAUUUACACGAUUCAGUGCCGGAAUUCGGCCCUGUAGACACAAGCUUUGUGGAUCCCGCGUCCAAGAUACCACGAAACCCACCUUUUCAGGUUCAACACCUAAUAGAUGCAGCUACUCAGCUAGUGAAGCCAAAGAAUUGUGUGCAUGUACAGGCUCCGCCUGUCUAUCUUUCGCCGGAAGAAUCUUUCGUCCAGUAUAUCUCCCAUAAACUGUCGCGAUAUUGCGGAUACUUGCCAAAUGAUUCAAAGUAUUACGAUAAGCUACGAUUGCAAGAAAUCUCCUACAGGCUGGGUAAGACGACAUUUUAA